UCCUCCUGCCGCUUGGGCCGGGAAUGAGACGGGAGGAGGCGCGGAGCGAUGAGCGGCGAGCACGGGACGCUUCAGCCUCUGUCCUUCCGAGGCCGCAUCCCUCGCCGCGCUGAGGACCGUCCUCCCUACCCGACUCCGGGGUGAUGCCAGAGAAGAACUGCCAAGCUUUCCAGGUGAUUCCAGUGUGCAGCCAGUAUGAAACUCAUUGUCAAAUUGGUUUCCAUACAACCCCCAGUGCUGCCCUACAUUUUAACAGAGAGAAGAUGGAACAUAAUCAUCUUCUUCACUUGAUGCGCAAGUGAAGGUCCUGCCCGUUGAACUGAGCCCAGGAAGUCUGGAGAACAGAGCGGGCAAGAGAGGCGCUCGGUUCCUGGUUCCUGGGGAGCCGAGGUUUGUGGCUGAGACAGAAGGCAAAGAGCCAUACAAGUCCAGAUAAACUUUCUACGAGUAACGACGUGGAGCCUAUCUGGAGACCUAGUGAGAGCGCCUGGCACGCAGCUGGCCACUGAAAAGCGCGCAACAAAGUUCAAGUUGGGGACUAAGUAGAAAGCUGGGCUGUGAGGACGGCAGGGUCGGCCGGCUACAGCCCACCCGAGAGAGAGGGACCCAAUUCGCCGACAAGUCUGGGCACUAGCCCGAGGGGGCACAGCUGCGUGGAGCCCGCUGGACCCGGCGGCGUGCCAGCCUCGCGCAAGAACCGCAACCUGAGCCCCCCAGCCCGCCCUGUGACCCCCACAUGUCCCGGACAGGGGUCUUCAUCACCUACCUGGAGGCUUCUGCGCUGGGCUGUGGAGAGCUGAACAGUUCAGAGCCGCCGCCUUCUCCCGCACCGUGGCCAUGGCCGUAGCUGCCAAGCCACCAGCUCUUCCUACCGCUGCACGGCGAAGUGCGCGCCCGCGCCCCGGCCGCCAGUUAACUGGCCCGGGACGGGGCGGGGCUCCCGUCAGGCCCCGCCCCCGGCCAGGCCCGGCCCGCCUUGGCCGCCGCGCGCCGCUCGACACUGGUCACGUGCCUGCAGGAGCUGCGCGUAACCUGCAGCCCCGCUGGGGCGAAAAAGGUUCGGCCCCGGGCGCCCCACCGCACCCACCCCCGCCCCGGACUGCACCGUUCUGCUGUGUUGUGUGUGGGAGCCGCGGGUCGGCGCCGGCACUCCCAUCCCACCGCCACUCAGCGUCGCCCCAGCAGGAGUUAGCCCACCUGGGUGCAAACCACUACACGCAGUUGAUGAGCUCUGAGGCUUAGCAAGUUGCUUAAUUGCUCUGUGCCUGAGUGCCCUCACCUGUGGCGUAGAAUUUUGUUAAGAUUACACAAACUAAUUCAUGUUAAGAAUUUUAGUACUUGGUCCUGAAACUUUAGUGCUUAAAAUUAUGUCACGAUGGUAUUUGCGUCGAAUUUUUCACGCAUCCUUCUCUGAAAAAUAACAAACAACAACAACAAAAACAAAUCUUUAGCCCAGGAGAGCAAUGUUUAGAGGUCAUAGUUAGGAGGGCAUCUGGCUGGCCAUGGAAAGAAAAUCGGUGCCUCCUCCAAAGUAACUCUGGGUCAGGAGGAUAGGGACAGAGUUUGCUAUGAAAAUGGAGUGAAGGCGAAAAAGGAAGGGAAGGGAGGGUUGUCAAUGGGAAGUUGCAACUAGGGAAUCCAGGGGUGCCCUGCUGAGGUACUUCUGAAAGGGUGAAGGAUCUAAGGGACCAAUAAUUCAUUGCCAGAUACAUGCCUGGGUUUUGUUUUGUUUUGUUUUGUUGCCCCAAAUCUGGGUAUUUUGUAAUCAUUUUAAAACUUUGGUACAUAUAAUAAAUAUCUCGUUAAGGAGGA